CAAAACCUGCCCCACGAAAUAUACAAUCUAGACCAGUUCUACGGAUCACCCCACAUAUCUACUGUAAUAUAGACAUUGUACUUCGAGCAUAUCAAACUAGACACGGCUAAAAAUGUUGUUAAAUGCCAAAACUGCUAUUUCGACAUCUACGGUGCUCUUAGUGCCCUACUCCAAAUGGCACGUUCCCCGCUACCAUGAAUGGAUGAAAGAUGAGGAAAUCCAAGAAGCAACAGCCUCAGAACCACUCUCUCUAGAAGAAGAAUACGCCAUGCAAGAAAGCUGGCGCCAAGAUCCGGACAAACUAACCUUCAUUGUGUGCCAGCCCUCCCCCACAGGAACGGGGGGCUCCCCACUCCGCGAUGAAGAUGACAGCUCCGAGCGGAUGAUCGGGGACGUGAAUCUCUUCCUCCGCGUUGACGACGGCGAGGAAGGGAACUCGGAGCCCCAGAUCAUCGGCGAGAUUGAGCUCAUGAUCGCCGAGAAGAGCAAUCAGCGGAAGGGGUACGGGAAGGCCACGCUGCUCGCUUUUCUGCGAUACAUCGCUGAUCAUGAAGUGGAGAUUUUGGAGGAGUUUGUGAGAGGGGAUCCGGCUGCUGCUAAGGCUCUAGGGGAGGAGGCUGGCGUUAGUAGUAGUGGGUGGAGAUUCUCGUGUCUUAGUGUUAAGAUUGGGCAGGGGAAUGGGCGCAGUUUGGGCUUGUUUGAGGGCGCGGGGUUUCGGAAGGUGUCGGAGGAGGCGAACUAUUUUGGGGAGUUUGAGCUCAGAAGGAUGGAUUUGAGCCGGGAGACUGUGGAUCAGGGUCUGGAGAGGGCGGGAGUUGAGGGAUAUGUUGAGUUGGAGUAUAGUAAGUCGGCGUCAGUAGUGUGAUUCUUUUCGUCCAGUACGUCUGGAUCAACGUGGUUUGAUUUGAUGAUGGAUUGAUUGAUAUAUUAAAUCGUAUCCCGUUUUUAGCGUCAACUAGGCGGGGGGGGAAAGAAAGUGGAUUUCCAUGGUCCGAUCCAAUGAAACGAACCAUGACUCGCAUUGGUACCUGGAAAUACUACGUAGUUGGCAUUUGUACAGGAAUUGAAGCAUCUCUGGUCUAGGGUUUGGAACCUCACAUGGU